AUGUUGGGAAACAGCAGUGGCGACAGCAGUCCCAAUUGCACACUCUGCAGCCAGGACUUUGCGGGGGAUGUCUGCAAGGUAGUCCUCAUGGUCCUCCUGAUUGUUGCCAUCAGCCUUGGCAACAUGGUGAGCCUCCUUGUGUUCCUCCACGUCAAGCAGUUCCGGAGCCCGCAAGGCUACCUGAAAGCCUCUUUAGCCCUGGCUGACUUCAUUGUAGGGGUCAUCGUGGUGCCUUACUCAGUAUAUAGGGAAGUGAACAGGUUGGCAUAUGGGAUAGAACGAGAGAGCGGGGACCCUGAUGAGCUGACCUGCUACAUCAUCGGGCCACUCUUUGCCAUCUCCACCUUUGUCUCCAUCACCACCAUCUUCCUGCUCUCCGUGGAAAGGAGCAUAGCAGUGCUGAAGCCUUUGCACAAGAAAGCGGUGAUCACCAAACGCAGGACAAUCUGGCUCAUUCUUAUCACCUGGGCCUUGAGUGCCUGUCUGGCAGUGAUACCCAUGCUUACCUCCCCGGAUAUUACCUUCCAGUACAAUUCCUGCAGCAAUCUCUGCAACUAUGAGUUUCCGACAGACAAACCACCUCAAUCCCAUUGGAAUAUUAUGCUGCUUUAUCCAGUUUUUGACUUCUCUCUCUUGGGUAGCACUUUAGUCAUCAACUUCGUCACCUUCGCUGCCCUCCAUCAGUACUGCAAGAUCCGGAAACAGCUAAGGGGAGAGUCACAGGGUGGCAGCCAGCUGUCCUUCUCGGAUGUUAAUGCAGCCAAGACCAUUGGCGUCUUGACUUUUGCUUUUGCAGCUUCUUUCAGCCCCAUUGCUGUAUUUGUGGUGGGUUCUGUGGUGGGUUAUAAGUGGUGCCGUUUCUCCUUCUAUGCUUUCUGGAUCCUCACUUCCAACAGCUGUUGGAAUGUAGCCAUCUAUAGUGCUUGGGACCCCAAGUUCCGGCAGGGGGUUAGGGAACUGUUUGGCAAGAGAGCGCCAAAAUCAGGCUCCCAGGGCCCUAGUCACUCCAUGGAAGUGGACAGUACUUCUGCAGCCUGUGUGGUAGUCCUUAAAGAGAUGUUCCGCCCAGACAGUACUUGA